GGAACAUAUUAGUGGCUGCCCAGCAGGUUAUGGAUUCUGUUGAUCACAGAGUGGAACAUGCAUUCGGAAAGAUCCUAAGCCUUGUCAAUAGAGCUGGAUAGUCUGCUAAGAGCUUGCACAGUCGAUGUGGAAUUCACACCGGCUGUGGCCCGUGGUUCCUGUUCACUAGCAUCAGGUCCACCGACGGACCUUAUUAUUAGCAUUGCGAGUUCCGCUACUAUGGUACAAUAGGGCCGGAUCAUCACAAGAUAAUUGGGGGUCGAAAAAUGUCCGAUGAACAGGACGACUCGGGGUCGAGAAAACCGUGACGUUCAUGCUAUUUUGCUUCUUUUCUUUUCUUUUCUCGUCGUCGUUUGCAUGUACGGGUACAGACUUAAAAAACUCGCGCCGAACGGUUUAUCAACUGAAUGUGCAAAAGAUCUAGGAUUGCAUCCUGAUCUAGGUGCAAAUUAUGCAAAAUCUACGACGACCAAUACGAGUAUUGUGUUGAACAUUCUUCUGCUAAGCGACCACGGCGACUACAUCCAGGGGCACCGGAUGGGAUCUGGAUCUAUUGUAUGGUCUGAAUCCUGGAUGCUUGGCUUUCCAGGCGGGCCGCUGGACAUUUCGGUCUUUGAUGUGCACUCGAUCCGAUGAGGGAACAGUUGGCAUGGGCAUGGCCGCGUGGCGGGUACAUGUUUGGGGGAUGAGGCUAAGCCGUGAGAGCA